AUGGAAAUGGCCAUACUUGGAUAUUCAGAAAUGCUAAUGGCAAUUCUACCAUUUCUCUCUACUGUUACACUUAUCCUUUGGCUAUGGCGGUGGAAUGGGAACUCUCUACUUAUCAACUGGCCUGUAGUAGGGAUGGUUCCACAGCUUUCUUGGAACUCAUAUCGUCUCCAUGAUUUUUUCACUUGUAUACUCCAGCAAAGUCAGGGCACAUUUCUAUUCAAAGGACAUUGGUUUGGUGACAAGGAUUUUGUGUUCACUAGCGAUUCUAUGAACAUCCAUCACAUCCUGAGCAAGAAUUUUGCCAACUACCACAAGGACGAGGAUUUCAGGGAGAUUUUUGAACCUAUGGGAGAUGGGAUUUUCAUUUCUGACUCCGAUAAGUGGAGAAAUCUAAGGAGAAUAUUUCAUUCUGUACUUAAAAGCAGGAGGUUCGAGCUUGCUGCAAAGAGUACUAUGGAGCAGAAGAUCUUGAAUGGCCUAUUCCCGAUUCUAAAGAAUGCUUCCAUGCUAGCAAGUGAGGUUGAUAUGCAAGAUGUGCUUAAGCGAUUCAUGUUUGAUAAUAUAUGCUUAUUGGUUUUAGGCUUGGAUCCGAAUUCCCUUUCUCCAGAAUUCCCUCAUAUUCCUUGUGCGAAGGCCUAUGAUGACAUGUCGGAGGCUGCAAUUUACAGGCACACCUUGCCAGGAAGCAUUUGGAAGUUGCAAAGGUGGCUGCAGAUUGGGAAAGAGAAGAAGGUUAAGAAAGCCUUGGACAUCUUUGAUGAUUUUGCAGAGCAAUGCAUUACAAGAAAGCGACAGCAAUUAGGACAAAGCAGCAGAAAUCAGGAGGGACUAGAGGAUUUCGACUUAUUAACAUACUUUUUGGUGAAAGAUGAUGAUAGAAAGAUCAUCAAGGAGGAGAAGAUGCCAUUUGCACUAAAUCAAACAAAUUUCUAA